CGUCAGUUCACGGUGUUAACAUGUAUUGUGUGACUGCUUUAUAACAUUAUUUUAGUUCAAAAUGUUAAAUUAUCUCACAGUAUUUGUGGCUAUUGGUUUAGUUUGUGGAGAUUUAUAUGAAUUGAAUAUAAUUCACUAUAAUGACUUUCAUGCAAGAUUUGUGGAAACUAGCCCUAGUGGUGGAGUAUGCAAUCCAACUGUCGCUCCGUGCAUUGGUGGAUUUGCGCGAUUAGUAACUCUUAUACGAGAAUCAGUAGAAAAAGAACCUCACUCUUUAGUUCUGAAUGGUGGAGACACUUUCCAAGGAACAAUAUGGUACAAUCUACUACGAUGGAAUGUCACGCAGGAAUUUAUGAAUAUGAUCCACCAUGACGCACAUGUACUAGGAAAUCAUGAAUUCGAUCACGGCUUAGAAGGUGUAGUGCCAUACCUUGAACAUUUGGAACAUGAAGUAGUUACAGCGAACAUCAUAGAUGACGAAGAGCCAACAAUUCAAGGCUUAUACAAGCCUAGUAUAGUUGUUAAUAAGAAUGGUAGAAAUAUUGGUAUAAUUGGAGUUAUAAUAGCCACAACUGAUGAAUUGGCGUCAACUGGAAAACUUAGAUUCACGGAUGAAAUUGAGACAGUAAAGGCUGAAGCUGAGAAGUUAAACGAACAAGGUGUAGACAUCAUUGUGGUCCUUUCACACUGCGGAAUAGAUAUUGACCGUGAAAUAGCUCUACACGGCGGCCCACAUAUAGAUAUAGUAGUCGGUGGACAUAGUCACACCCUUCUUUACAACGGCGAUCCUCCAGAAAACUCCACAUAUGGGGUACAUGGUCCGUACCCCAUUGUUGUUGAAAAGGAAUCUGGUCCGGUACUGAUCGUGCAAGCAGCCGCGCAUACUGAGUACUUAGGUGAAAUUAAAUUAUUUUUUAAUGAAACCGGACAUCUCCAACAUUGGAUCGGCAAUCCUCAUUACGUUGGUCAUGAUAUCGAACAAGCACCGGAUGUAAUAGAAAAAAUCAAUGUAUACUUGCCUGAUAUAGAAGCACUAGCAAAGCAAAAGAUCGGUGAAAGUAAAGUAUUUUUGUCAUCAAGCUGCCGAUGCGGUGAAUGUAAUCUAGGGAGUCUCAUGUGUGACGCCUUCCUCAAUUCUGUAAUGCAUAAUGCAGAAGGUGAUAAUUGGCACCACGCUCACUUCUGUGUCGUGAAUUCCGGUGGUGUUAGAUCGAGUAUUGAGCCUGGAGAUAUAACAUACGAGGGGAUGCUUCUUGCAAUGCCAUUUGACAAUACUGUAGAGGUAUUCGACUUACUAGGGGAACACAUUAUGGAAAUGUUAGAGUUCAGUGUCACCAAUGAACCUUGGCCCGGAGCAACCAUGUUACAGUUUUCUGGGUUGCGAGUAAAUUUCGACGGUUCACGACCAAUAAACCAGCGUGUGGUGAACGUAACGGUCCGGUGCAUCGACUGUGAUAUACCGAGAUACGAGCCGCUAGAGCUUAAUAAAGUUUAUAAAGUCGUUUCACAAAGCUUCAUGGCAAACGGAGGAGAUGGUUUUAGAAUGGUGUCGGAAAAUAAAGGUCCAAGUGAUGUAAUUGGAGUCGACAAUACCGUAUUUCAAGAUUAUUUGGAGCGGCGAAUUCCCGUCAUAAGGGAUUUAGAUGGACGGAUACAAAUCAAUGAACCAUGCUUACCGAAUUAAAAUACACUAAAAACAUAA